AUGGCUUCAGAAGAGCAGAAGAAGGCCAAGCCCAGCCCCCUGCGCUCCAUUAUCGCAGGCAGCACGGCCGGCGCCGUUGAGAUUGCCAUCACCUACCCCGCCGAGUUCGCCAAAACCCGCUCGCAGCUCAACCGGCGCCUGGCCGCGGGGCAGAAGCUUCCAUGGCCACCCUUCGGCCCGCAGUGGUACGCCGGCUGUACCACCCUCAUCAUCGGCAACUCGCUCAAGGCCGGAAUCCGCUUCGUCGCCUUCGACCAGUACAAGAGCCUGCUCGCCGACAAGGACGGCAACGUCUCAGGCCCUGCCAAUGUUGUCGCCGGCUUCGGCGCCGGCGUCACCGAAAGUGCCCUCGCCGUAACCCCCUUCGAGAGCAUCAAGACCCAGCUCAUCGAUGACCGCAAGUCUGGCAAGCCGCGCAUGCGCGGCUUCCUGCACGGCACCAAGAUCAUCGCGCAAGAAAAGGGCAUCCGCGGCUUCUUCCAGGGCUUCGUGCCCACGACGGCGCGCCAAGCGGCCAACAGCGCUGUACGCUUCGGCUCCUACACCACGCUGCGCCAGCUGGCGCAGAGCUACGCCGCGCCCGGCGAAAAGCUAGGUGCCGUCAGCACCUUUGGCAUUGGCGGUGUGGCCGGCAUCAUCACAGUCUACGCCACCAUGCCUCUCGACACGGUCAAGACGCGCAUGCAAUCCAUUGAGGCUAGUUCCGAAUACAAGAACAGCUUUGUUUGCGCUGCUAGAAUCUUCAAGGAGGAGGGUAUCUUGACCUUCUGGUCGGGCGCCGUACCGCGCUUGGCUAGAUUGAUUCUGAGCGGUGGUAUCGUGUUUACCAUGUACGAAAAGAGCAUGGAAGCAAUGGACAAGCUUGACCCCGAGAGAAAAUACAUCUAA